AUGGUUAAAGUUGAUUCUCCUGACUUGAUGGUCUAUGUACCGCGGGGAGUCCGUCGCCCGUGCCGAAUAAGGGGCGCGUUUUAUGCUACAGCGCCUUAUCUGGAAGAGAUAGGAGUUGCUCCUUUAGUAAGGACCGCGGAGGCUACUCGCGCUAAUUGGCAAAUACGCCUUAAGUGGCACGUCGAGGAUUGUCACGGUGAACCCGUACUGGAGAGGCUGAGAGGGCCGCACUGCUCAUGGAGAGCCUUUAUUUCCUCUGCAUCUGGAAGCGUGUUGGGGAUCUCGGGAAAGUUUAUCAUGGAACCAGUGGACAACAACCUGUUCGAAGUCAAACCUAAUCUGAAAGCGAAACGAAAGAGAAUUGUUCAGACCAGCAACGUCUUCUUAAACCCGGCGCUGGAUCUACUUGCCAACGAGGAUCCUAUGUGUAACAACGCUAUGGAGAUAGCACCAAACAAACGCCGGAAGAGGGCGAAAAGCUGUGACAUAGCUGCGUUCGAAAACUCAGCUUUAGAUUUGGGAAUAAGCAAGGCAGCCGUCAAUGAAUUUUUAGUGCGCGAGUUAGAGAAUGUGCGCAGGAAUGUUAGAGCCUACGAAAGUCCGAUAAAUUUCAAUAACGAUACGAAGAGUGUUGUGUACACCACAGACGAGCCCGUAUACGCCAAUCUAUGUGAAGUUUCUAACGUCGGGAAUGAAAGUUCUGUUCAUUUGUUUAACAGAAACGGUUCUGCCGAUUUAAGGGACAGUAUAGAACAUACGGCUCUCGAUGACACAACGGAACUGGAUUCUGGUAUAUCGAUAUUGGAGCAGAAAUCACUGAACGCUGCCAUCACCACCGAUCUGGAUACGGAUUUGUCCGCAAUAAAGAACGUGACAAACAUACAAAGCAACGUGACGAAUCAAAUAUUCGUCGGAAACACUAGCAACUUGAACUUGAGUUUCAUCGACAGACUGGCGCUCGAUUCGCCAUGCGUUUCCAACCAAUCCUUAUACUUGGACGACGAUCUGAACGAAAGCAAUAUAAUGGAGAUAAAGACGAUAACCAUCGUGACAAAGAAGAAACGUUUAGCGCAGAAAACCUCCACCAACCCUUUCCUAGACCCCGAUUUGGACACGAGAGUGGAGGUCAGCAACGAAAAUCCAUUCCUUACGGACGAACCCAAAGAACUGGAGUAUAACGUCGAAGCGCUCAACAGGCCGGUGUUAUGUCAAGCAGCACCGAUACGGAAUCCGAUUCCCCGGACCCUUUUCACAGGGGACACGAACAGCACAAUCUCGACGGUCAACGAGUCCUCAGUAAACGUCGACAGCCACGAGUACGAGAACGUCGAGUACCGAUCGGAGAGCCCCAUCUACGAGAACAUCGAUGAUCUCGCCGGCGACCCAGGUUAUAACAAGCAGAGCAAGAUACUCGGCCACGACGUCUCAAGGUUCAGCGCCGUCGACAUCAUGAACCUGAACAAGAACAGCGAGGGCAACUCCUCGAACGAGUCGAGCAACAGCAGGAAAGACUUGAAUCACCUGUUCAAGGUCAGCAACAAGCUGUCCAAAAAGGUCCUCAAGACUCUCAAGAAGACAUUCAGAGGGGAAAAGGACCAGAACGUCACACUCAACCCUUACGAGGUGCCGCGGAAGCCGCCCAAUCAGAAGCCAGCGAAAGAGUCCGGCAUAGAGAACCCCGCUCUUAACCUGGAUAACUCCGACGAGGUCGAUGUAGAGGAGCUGGACGGCGAGGAGAACCAAUAUGAGACAGUGAAAACUUUGAGGAACACUCGCUACAAUAUGAACGUGACGCCUCUGAGAGAAAGGGCAAACGACACUAACGAACUGUCCAGCACCAAAACCCACACGCCGGGCAAGAAGGUGCGUUUCGAUUCAACCCUGAACCGCGAGAAGGUAAUAACAGGCGACAGUUUUAAUACUGAAGUUCAGAGUCCGGGAUUCGAUGAGAAAAUUGAUACAUACCACGAUGAACUUGAGAACUGCAUCAACGAGCGCAAAUUCUUGCAGCAGAACAUG